GCACGCAGAAGUUGAGGAGUUGAUACCGGCGAAUGGGCAGAUCAUGAAAGUCAGCAAAUUUCUCCACAUUUGAAAGAUCAUCCGGACAAGUGACGAAUAUGUGUCACAUAUUCGAUACCAGAACCUUAUAUAAUGGACGUAUAUUGCUGCAGGCGCUUUCGCUGUUUUGAUCCGAUUCAAAUUGACAGGGAUGAACAACUUGCUAGCCUUCGGUAAUGAUGUGCCCCGUGCUCGAGACGUUAGCAAGCUAGAUUCAAAUUAAAUGUGUUGUCAUUACUUGAGAAAAAAAAUCUGUCGAUUUGAGAACAAAAUAUGUGGGGAUUACUGCCGACUACGGUCAACUGACGAAAUCUGACUGAGAUGUGAAAGCAUAAAUGCUAACUAGCUAGCACACCAGCAUUCCGAAACCAGCGUUAGCCAGCCAGCUAGCCAGCUAGGGACAAGGCACGGUUCUGUGCAGGUUGCUAUGGAAGAGGUGGCGCUAGAACCACCGACGGACGCGCUCUGUGAAUGUAAUGGAGGUAGAACCACCAACUCCGAAAAUCCCAGACCUAAAAGCCGACAUCAUCAACCCGAAUUCGGGCCGAACCCGAGUAACUUUUCUCGGCUGUGCAGUAGGAACGAUGCGGAGAGGGCAGAGGCGCUGGAAGAACUGACCCAGAGCGUCAUGUCCCGGUUGGGUCUGGACCGACCCGGUUCUGCUCGUCUCGAUAAACACACUCUCCUGCAGCUGCUGCGGGUCUCCCGGUCCUGCCCCUUACAGGAGGUCCGCGAGAGGGCAGCAGAACUACUGCGGACUGCACAGGAGCAAGGUGUUGAGAUUCCUCAGGCUUUGGCCUCCGGUCCUAGUGCCUUCAUCCCUGCACAAGUGAUUUUGGAUGAGGGACCAGAUCAGGAAGUUCUGAUAGAAGCCUUCCUCUCAUUGGGUCGUUUUGACCACAUCACCAUGGUGAUGGCCCUUCACCCCACCUACCUCAGCUGCUUCCUGCGUACCCAGCAUGCUUUGCUGGAGCUGGAUGGCCCGCUACCCCGCCCCUGGAGGCACUACAUCGUUGUCAUGGCUGCAGCACGUCACCAGUGUUCCUACCUUGUCCAACAGCAUAGUGCAGGGUUCCUGGAGGCGGGCGGGGAGGAGAGCUGGCUGGAGGGGCUACAACACACACACCCCAAAAUACGCUGCCUACACACACUUAACAAGCUGCUGGCACACAGACCCUGGCUCAUCACACAACAGCACAUACAGGAGUUGGUGUGUCCUGGGGCGGAUGAUCGUUGGUCAUUGGCUGAGCUGAUCCACGCAGUUGUUCUGAUGACUCACUCUCAUUCGCUGUCCUCCUUCGUUUGGGGGUGUGGCCUACACCCUGAGCCCGACCACAUAGGAGGCCACGCCUUCUGCCCACCAUCACCAUCCAAUAACAUGCCACAAAGCCCUCACAGUCCCGCCCCCGAGGACGGCAAGCCAGAGGAUGGAGUGACGGAGGUGGAGGCAUUGAUGAAGAGGAUGGUGGAGUUACAACAGCAGGUGGAGGAGUGUAGUCAGGAAGAGAUGAUCACUCGCUUUGAGAGGGAGAGGAGCGAGAGCAUACCUACUGCAGUGGUACGGGGAGCCCCCUCUGACUUGGUGUUGAGGUUAGUGGAGGAUCCAGAGUUCAUCUAUGAAGACUUCUCCAUCCGAGGAGAACAGUCACCUCCUACCAUGAGAGCACAGGACUACUCAUGGGAAGACCAUGGAUUCUCCCUAGUGAACAGACUGUUACCAGACAUGGGCCAAUUACUGGAGGAGAAGUUCCAGGUUGUGUGUAGUCUAACCUACAACAGGAUGGCGAUGCAUAAGGAUGUGGACACACACACACUCCGCAAGGCUCUCUGGAACUACAUACACUGCCUCUACGGAAUACGGUACGAUGACUACGACUACGGAGAGGUGAAUGUGUUGUUGGAGCGAAGCCUCAAGAUGUUUGUGAAAACAGUAGCGUGUCAUCCAGAACAGACUACAGAUAGGAUCUACUCUGCCUACUGGAGACUCUUUAGACACUCUGAGAAGGUCCAUGUCAACCUGCUGCUGAUGGAGGCUCGACUACAGGCUGCUCUACUAUACACACUACGAGCUGUCACACGCUACAUGACAUGACUACAGGCUGCUCUACUAUACACACUACGGGCUGUCACACGCUACAUGACAUGACUACAGGCUGCUCUACUAUACACACUACGGGCUGUCACACGCUACAUGACAUGACUACAGGCUGCUCUACUAUACACACUACGGGCUGUCACACGCUACAUGACAUGACUACAGGCUGCUCUACUAUACACACUACGGGCUGUCACACGCUACAUGACAUGACUACAGGCUGCUCUACUAUACACACUACGGGCUGUCACACGCUACAUGACAUGACUACAGGCUGCUCUACUAUACACACUACGGGCUGUCACACGCUACAUGACAUGACUACAGGCUGCUCUACUAUACACACUACGGGCUGUCACACGCUACAUGACAUGACUACAGGCUGCUCUACUAUACACACUACGGGCUGUCACACGCUACAUGACAUGACUACAGGCUGCUCUACUAUACACACUACGGGCUGUCACACGCUACAUGACAUGACUACAGGCUGCUCUACUAUACACACUACGGGCUGUCACACGCUACAUGACAUGACUACAGGCUGCUCUACUAUACACACUACGGGCUGUCACACGCUACAUGACAUGACUACAGGCUGCUCUACUAUACACACUACGGGCUGUCACACGCUACAUGACAUGACUACAGGCUGCUCUACUAUACACACUACGGGCUGUCACACGCUACAUGACAUGACUACAGGCUGCUCUACUAUACACACUACGGGCUGUCACACGCUACAUGACAUGACUACAGGCUGCUCUACUAUACACACUACGGGCUGUCACAAGCUACAUGACAUGACUACAGGCUGCUCUACUAUACACACUACGGGCUGUCACAAGCUACAUGACAUGACUACAGGCUGCUCUACUAUACACACUACGGGCUGUCACACGCUACAUGACAUGACUACAGGCUGCUCUACUAUACACACUACGGGCUGUCACACGCUACAUGACAUGACUACAGGCUGCUCUACUAUACACACUACGGGCUGUCACACGCUACAUGACAUGACUACAGGCUGCUCUACUAUACACACUACGGGCUGUCACACGCUACAUGACAUGACUACAGGCUGCUCUACUAUACACACUACGGGCUGUCACACGCUACAUGACAUGACUACAGGCUGCUCUACUAUACACACUACGGGCUGUCACACGCUACAUGACAUGACUACAGGCUGCUCUACUAUACACACUACGGGCUGUCACACGCUACAUGACAUGACUACGGGCUGUCACACGCUACAUGACAUGACUACGGGCUGUCACAAGCUACAUGACAUGACUACUGCCUGUCACACGCUACAUGACAUGACUACAGGCCUGUCACACGCUACAUGACAUGACUACGGGCUGUCACAGGCUACAUGACUACUGCCUGUCACAAGCUACAUGACAUGACUACAGGCCUGUCACAAGCUACAUGACAUGACUACGGCCUGUCACACGCUACAUGACAUGACUACGGGCUGUCACACGCUACAUGACAUGACUACGGCCUGUCACAGGCUACAUGACAUGACUACUGCCUGUCACACGCUACAUGACAUGACUACGGCCUGUCACAGGCUACAUGACAUGACUACUGCCUGUCACACGCUACAUGACAUGACUACAGGCCUGUCACACGCUACAUGACAUGACUACAGGCCUGUCACACGCUACAUGACAUGACUACGGCCUGUCACACGCUACAUGACAUGACUACAGGCCUGUCACAAGCUACAUGACAUGACUACGGGCUGUCACACGCUACAUGACAUGACUACGGCCUGUCACAUGCUACAUGACAUGACUACAGGCUGCUCUACUAUACACACUACGGGCUGUCACAGGCUACAUGACAUGACUACAGGCUGCUCUACUAUACACACUACGGGCUGUCACAUGCUACAUGACAUGACUACAGGCUGCUCUACUAUACACAAUACGGGCUGUCACACGCUACAUGACAUGACUACAGGCUGCUCUACUAUACACACUACGGGCUGUCACACGCUACAUGACAUGACUACAGGCUGCUCUACUAUACACACUACGGGCUGUCACACGCUACAUGACAUGACUACAGGCUGCUCUACUAUACACACUACGGGCUGUCACAAGCUACAUGACAUGACUACGGGCCUGUCACACGCUACAUGACAUGACUACGGGCUGUCACACGCUACAUGACAUGACUACUGCCUGUCACACGCUACAUGACAUGACUACGGGCCUGUCACAAGCUACAUGACAUGACUACGGGCCUGUCACACGCUACAUGACAUGACUACGGGCCUGUCACAAGCUACAUGACAUGACUACGGCCUGUCACAAGCUACAUGACAUGACUACGGGCUGUCACACGCUACAUGACAUGACUACGGGCUGUCACAUGCUACAUGACAUGACUACGGGCUGUCACAUUUCUACAUGUCAAACGCUACAUGACAUAACUACGGACUGUCACACGCUACAUGACAUAACUACGGCCUGUCACACACUACAUAACUACGGCCUGUCACAAGCUACAUGACUACGGGCUGUCACACGCUACAUGACUACGGGCUGUCACACGCUACAUGACUACGGGCUGUCACACGCUACAUGACUACGGGCUGUCACACGCUACAUGACUACGGGCUGUCACACGCUACAUGACUACGGGCUGUCACACGCUACAUGACUACGGCCUGUCACACACUACAUGACUACAGGCCUGCCACACGCUACAUGACUACGGGCUGUCACACGCUACAUGACUACGGGCUGUCACACGCUACAUGACUACGGCCUGUCACACGCUACAUGACUACGGGCUGUCACACGCUACAUGACUACGGGCUGUCACACGCUACAUGACUACGGCCUGUCACACGCUACAUGACUACGGGCUGUCACACGCUACAUGACUACGGGCUGUCACACGCUACAUGACUACAGGCCUGCCACACGCUACAUGACUACGGCCUGUCACACGCUACAUGACUACGACCUGUCACACGCUACAUGACUACGGCCUGUCACACGCUACAUGACUACGGGCCCGUCACACGCUACAUGACUACACACAGUUAAUGUCUGAAUCUGACAGUUGAGAUUGAUCAUAAGUCAAUGUUGUGUUUAUUCUGCUCUGUGUAAUAAGCUGCCUAUUUUGUGUUUGUGGUUAUAAUGCUACACAUAGAGUUAGGUUGAUCCAGUCAAUCAAUCAAUCAUCUCGCUGUGUUAAACUAUUAUUGUACUAGCUACUGUGUUCACAGUGGCUGUUACCAUUUAAUGCUUCAGAUCAUACAUAAGACAAUUGAAUGAAUGGUUCAUUUAUUUUUUUAAUGUACAAUAAAAUGUAUUUUGUUAUCAAAAUCAA